GGCGCUGCCGCAUUGGCCGCUGCGGCACGGACGGCGCAGCCUCGGGCGCUGCCCGGCACAGGCGCGGGCGGUCCCGGCCAGCUAGCAGCCCGGCGAGGUGCUGGCCCACCCAUGGCCCUCGGGCCGCGGACCCUGCGCCCAGCCCUGCGCGUAGCCUCCGUCUCUCGCCCGGGGCCUCCGAGCCCCCCACACGGGCGAGAUGCUGAACGGCGCAGGCCUGGACAAGGCUCUUAAGAUGUCCCUGCCGCGGAGGUCGAGGAUCCGCUCGUCCGUGGGACCAGUUCGUUCUUCUUUGGGCUACAAGAAGGCAGAGGAUGAGAUGUCCCGGGCCACGUCUGUUGGAGACCAGCUGGAGGCACCCGCCCGCACCAUUUACCUCAACCAACCGCAUCUCAACAAAUUCCGCGACAACCAGAUCAGUACGGCCAAGUACAGCGUGUUGACAUUUCUACCUCGAUUCUUGUAUGAGCAGAUUAGAAGAGCUGCUAAUGCCUUCUUUCUCUUCAUUGCCUUAUUACAGCAAAUUCCAGAUGUAUCUCCAACAGGAAGAUAUACCACCCUGGUGCCAUUGAUCAUUAUUUUAACAAUUGCAGGCAUCAAAGAGAUUGUAGAAGAUUUUAAGCGACACAAGGCAGACAAUGCAGUUAACAAAAAGAAAACCAUAGUGUUACGAAAUGGUGUGUGGCAUACCAUUGUGUGGAAAGAGGUGGCAGUGGGAGACAUUGUGAAGGUCGUCAACGGGCAGUAUCUUCCAGCAGAUGUGGUCCUGCUGUCCUCCAGUGAACCUCAGGCAAUGUGUUAUGUUGAAACAGCUAAUCUGGAUGGGGAGACGAACCUUAAAAUACGUCAGGGUUUGAGUCACACUGCUGACAUGCAAACACGUGAAGUUCUGAUGAAGUUAUCUGGAACUAUAGAGUGUGAAGGGCCCAAUCGCCACCUCUAUGACUUCACUGGAAACUUGAACUUAGAUGGGAAAAGCCUUGUUGCCCUGGGGCCUGACCAGAUCUUAUUAAGAGGUACGCAGCUUAGAAAUACUCAGUGGGUCUUUGGCAUAGUUGUUUAUACUGGACACGACACCAAACUCAUGCAGAAUUCAACCAAAGCGCCUCUCAAGAGAUCAAACGUGGAGAAGGUGACUAACGUACAGAUCCUGGUGUUGUUUGGUAUCCUGUUGGUCAUGGCCUUGGUGAGCUCGGCGGGGGCCCUGUACUGGAACAGGUCUCACGGCGAAAAGAACUGGUACAUCAAGAAGAUGGACACCACCUCAGAUAAUUUUGGAUACAACCUGCUGACGUUCAUCAUUUUAUACAACAAUCUUAUUCCCAUCAGUCUGUUGGUGACUCUUGAGGUUGUGAAGUAUACUCAAGCCCUUUUCAUCAACUGGGACACAGAUAUGUAUUAUAUAGGAAACGAUACUCCUGCCAUGGCCAGGACAUCAAACCUUAAUGAAGAGCUUGGGCAGGUGAAAUAUCUCUUUUCUGACAAGACUGGAACGCUUACGUGCAAUAUCAUGAACUUCAAGAAGUGCAGCAUUGCCGGAGUAACCUAUGGUCACUUCCCAGAAUUGGCAAGAGAGCCGUCCUCAGAUGACUUCUGUCGGAUGCCUCCUCCCUGUAGUGAUUCCUGUGACUUUGAUGACCCCAGGCUGUUGAAGAACAUUGAGGAUCGCCAUCCCACAGCCCCUUGCAUUCAGGAGUUCCUCACCCUUCUGGCCGUGUGCCACACGGUUGUUCCUGAGAAGGAUGGAGAUAACAUCAUCUACCAGGCCUCAUCCCCAGAUGAAGCUGCUUUGGUGAAAGGAGCUAAAAAGCUGGGCUUUGUCUUCACAGCCAGAACGCCGUUCUCAGUCAUCAUAGAAGCGAUGGGACAGGAACAAACGUUCGGAAUCCUUAAUGUCCUGGAAUUUUCUAGUGACAGAAAAAGAAUGUCUGUGAUUGUCCGAACUCCUUCAGGACGACUUCGACUCUACUGUAAAGGGGCUGAUAAUGUAAUUUUUGAGAGACUUUCAAAAGACUCAAAAUAUAUGGAGGAAACAUUAUGCCAUCUGGAAUACUUUGCCACGGAAGGCUUGCGGACUCUCUGUGUGGCUUAUGCUGAUCUCUCUGAGAAUGAGUAUGAGGAGUGGCUGAAAGUCUAUCAGGAAGCUAGCACCAUAUUGAAGGACAGAGCUCAACGGUUGGAAGAGUGUUACGAGAUCAUUGAGAAGAAUUUACUGCUACUAGGAGCCACAGCCAUAGAAGAUCGCCUUCAAGCAGGAGUUCCAGAAACCAUCGCAACUCUGUUGAAGGCAGAAAUUAAAAUAUGGGUGUUGACAGGAGACAAACAAGAAACUGCGAUUAAUAUAGGGUAUUCCUGCCGAUUGGUAUCGCAGAAUAUGGCCCUCAUCCUAUUGAAGGAGGACUCUUUGGAUGCCACAAGGGCAGCCAUUACUCAGCACUGCACUGACCUUGGGAAUUUGCUGGGGAAGGAAAAUGAUGUGGCCCUCAUCAUCGAUGGCCACACCCUGAAGUACGCGCUCUCCUUCGAAGUCCGGAGGAGUUUCCUGGAUUUGGCACUCUCGUGCAAAGCGGUCAUAUGCUGCAGAGUGUCUCCUCUGCAGAAGUCUGAGAUAGUGGAUGUGGUGAAGAAGCGGGUGAAGGCCAUCACCCUCGCCAUCGGAGACGGCGCCAACGAUGUCGGGAUGAUCCAGACAGCCCACGUGGGUGUGGGAAUCAGUGGCAAUGAAGGCAUGCAGGCCACCAACAACUCGGAUUACGCCAUCGCACAGUUUUCCUACUUAGAGAAGCUUCUGUUGGUUCAUGGAGCCUGGAGCUACAACCGGGUGACCAAGUGCAUCUUGUACUGCUUCUAUAAGAACGUGGUCCUGUAUAUUAUUGAGCUUUGGUUCGCCUUUGUUAAUGGAUUUUCUGGGCAGAUUUUAUUUGAACGUUGGUGCAUCGGCCUGUACAAUGUGAUUUUCACCGCUUUGCCGCCCUUCACUCUGGGAAUCUUUGAGAGGUCUUGCACUCAGGAGAGCAUGCUCAGGUUUCCCCAGCUCUACAAAAUCACCCAGAACGGCGAAGGCUUCAACACAAAGGUUUUCUGGGGUCACUGCAUCAACGCCUUGGUCCACUCCCUCAUCCUCUUCUGGUUUCCCAUGAAAGCUCUGGAGCAUGAUACUGUGUUGACCAGUGGUCAUGCCACCGACUAUUUAUUUGUUGGAAAUAUUGUUUACACAUAUGUUGUCGUUACUGUUUGUCUGAAAGCUGGCUUGGAGACCACAGCUUGGACUAAAUUCAGUCAUCUGGCUGUCUGGGGAAGCAUGCUGACCUGGCUGGUGUUUUUUGGCAUCUACUCCACCAUCUGGCCCACCAUUCCCAUUGCUCCAGAUAUGAGAGGACAGGCAACUAUGGUCCUGAGCUCCGCACACUUCUGGUUGGGAUUAUUUCUGGUUCCUACUGCCUGUUUGAUUGAAGAUGUGGCGUGGAGAGCAGCCAAGCACACCUGCAAAAAGACAUUGCUGGAGGAGGUGCAGGAGCUGGAAACCAAGUCUCGAGUCCUGGGAAAAGCGGUGCUGCGGGAUAGCAAUGGAAAGAGGGUGAACGAGCGCGACCGCCUAAUCAAGAGGCUGGGCCGGAAGACGCCCCCGACGCUGUUCCGGGGCAGCUCCCUGCAGCAGGGCGUCCCGCAUGGGUAUGCUUUUUCUCAAGAAGAACACGGAGCUGUGAGUCAGGAAGAAGUCAUCCGUGCUUAUGACACCACCAAAAAGAAAUGCAGGAAGAAGUAAGACUUGAAUUUUCCUGACUGAUCUUAGGAAAGAGAUUCAGUUUGUUGCACCCAGUGUUAACACAUCUUUGUCAGAAAAGACUGGCGUCCGCAGCCAAAACACCAGAAAACACAUUUCUGUGGCCUUAGCCAAGCAGUUUGUUAGUUACAUAUUCCCUUGCAAACCUGCAAACCUGGAGUGUAGACCGCAGGGGAAGCUAUCUUUGCCCUCCCAACUUGUUUGCAGCGCUUAGCCUAACUUUUGUUUACGUCGUUAUGAAGCAGUCAACUGUGCUCUGUGAGGUGUGAAAUUAAAAACAUUAUGUUUCACCAGUAUUUAAACAUCAGUACUAGUUGUCCUGGGAGAAAGGGAAAGUUUUAUGUUGCGUGAGAAGCCCGUCUUGUGUAAUUGGAGCAGGGCACACUUGCUUCCUGUUUGAUUAACUCACAGAUUACAUCCAGCGGGCCACAUGCAGACCUCACUGUAGGCAGGUCGCUCUCCUGCUUUGAUUCCUGUUUUGUUUGUGUAAAGUUGGCAUAAACUUCUUGAUUGCAGUGAAAUCACAAAAUUCUAUGUCGGGGUAGUCAACCUGAGAAGAUUAUUUGAACCUCUUAGCCACAUUUGCAGCAGGGCAAACCGACUGAUGCCCUGGCAGAGUCUUCCGCACCCUCUCCAGGUGCACUCGGCCCAGUCCCGCCGCCGUGUCCAGGCGUCCCUCACCCCGACACCUGCUGCAUGGCUGGCCACGGCGCUCAGUGCAUGGCGGCUGGUGGGCAGCCAACCCAAACCUGCGCCUUUCCUUGUUCCACUGCAGACUCGGAAACAGAUGCGAAAAAUUCCUUCUUCCGCCGCCCUUUUUGUUCUGUAAAGAAAGAAAAGAAGCAUCGCCUUUCCGCAUAUAUUCUAAAUGUCUCUGCCUCUGUCUGACAUGGGGCCGCCCCACAGGUCAGAGCGGUGGUAGAACCCCUUCAGCACUCCCAGCCGUGGUCAGGCUCUGAAUACUCCCUUCCCAACAGCCAGACUGCUGGGUCUUUGGCAUCCACUUACGUUAGAACCCACGCUUCUUUCAGAGCACAUUUUGGACUUUCACUGUUGGGAAAUGAAUGAAUUUCUAACAUGCCCGUGCAGCGAAGGAGCACACCUGUCGCUCUUAGCUCUAGAGUCAGAGGAUGAGUAAACCCAGAUGCGAGAGUAUAGGACAUUGAACGGGGAGAACAAGACGACCACAGAAGUCCUCAGAAGGAGAAGGAAGGGCACGGAAGACAGUGAGAGGAGGACACAGAGGAAUCGCCACCAGAUCUCCGCAGUAGAAACUCUGAAACGAACCCUGAGACCCAGACAGUUGUCAUGAUCAGCCCAGUGUGUAUGAGAGCUUAAACAAGAGCUUCACACGCAGUUUUAAUUGAAAAGAAUUCCAAACAUUUCAGGGAAGCACCUUUUUUUAAAUACACCGACAUGUUUCCUUUCUGUAUCCCAUCAGUGUUAGACACAGGUACCCAUCAGAAUACGGCAUAUCCUGAAUUCUGAGACAAGGAAGCAAAGUGCUGAAUCACUGAUUUUCCCAACUGCAGAGUCCCACACUCUAAAUCUUAACCAAACCUAGAUGCCUUCAGGCAUGAAUGUGAGCAUCUGGAGCCCUUACUAAACAACCUGCCUGGACCCUGUUCUCUGCUCUGGUUGCCAGGCCAGAUUUUUGGAUGGCCUGAAUACUUCUGGGCAGCUGUUACUGGUGAAAAUGGGAGUUCAGAGCACGUUUUGGAUCUUCACUGUUGGGAAAUGAAUGAAUUUCUAACAUGCCUGUGCAGCGAAGGAGCACACCUGUCGCUCUUAGCUCUAGAGUCAGAGGAUGAGUAAACCCCGUGGGGAUGAUUGUGCUAAAUUAGGAAAUAGCACAUUAGUGCACUUUGCUUCCUAACCCUUUAUUUUCAGAAAUGUACAACUUACUGGGCAUGGAAAUCAUUUAAAACAUGAUUUGCAUUGACUAAGAAAACAAAUCCUCACUUAGGAGGUGACCAGGAUGCAGAGAGGGCCUGAGGGGCAGCAGAACAAUGCAGUUCACAGGUGAGGCUCCCAAAAGGGCCAUUCCUUUCUCCCCAAGGUGCAUAAAACAUUUUUAAAUACUGGAGUGCCCAGUGAGACUGAAGGAUUGUCAUGCAGGAACUGUAACACAAAAUGUGCCUAUGACUAACACGACAAACCAAGGUGUAUGGGUUUUUUUUUUGCACACCCAGAAAGGUGAUGGCCAAAACACAGAGGAGAAACGAAAACUGGAAUUGAAUGCGCAUUAGGCAUCGUAACUAUUAAUAUUUUGUUUUAUUUGGGAAAUAAGCCUAUUUGGAAAGAGUGGAUUAGAAAUUCAGUUCUUUGUCAAACAGUUAGCUCUGUCUUGAACUUGAAGCCUUCCAAAUCAGAAUUAUGAAUUUGUGUGUUUGUGUGUGUUUGGGGUUUUUGUUUUUAUUUCUUACAUUAGAGUUCAUAUUUUCUGGGAUUUAAAUUAUAGGUGUAUUUUCCUAUUCUCUUGAGAAGUAGACUAAACAGUCUUUGCAAUGAUGACGGAUGCACACAGAAGAAAACAUUAGAAGACAUUACUUUCUAUCCUCUCAUGUGGUUGAGCAUUCUUACAGCCAAAUGACUAAAUUGGGUUUCUAGGAGGAGCAGCUGUCACUACAUGUGAUAUAUAAUGUUUAGCCAGGGCCAACUCAGGGGCUGUGUCAUUUGUCCUAUCUUCAAAUUGAGGUCAGAGUGUCACACACAACCCCUUCCCUGGGGCAGAGUGGACUGGACUAGGUUGCAUACGCUGGCUGUCAGCUCAGCGAAAAUGCCACAUGGGGCUUGUCACUCUGCCACACACUAACUGACUCACAGGCUGGCAGGUCACACUCGGUUAGCGCUCCAGGGCCUGACUCUGGAUUGAGCUAAACUGGCAGAAUCCACUUAGGCCAACCCUUGGUCUACUGCUGUACACUGCCCAGUCCUGUGUUGAGUCUCUCUUGUCCUGGAUGACCCUGCAGAAGGAAGAGACCAGUUAUGCUCUGGGCUCAGUUCUGCGUUUCCACUGCACAUGGAUACGUGCCAGCAAGGGUAGCUGUGGAAAACACGGAUCAGGAGAGCAGGGUUGUCUGGUUUAAUACUCCGUGCUGAUCAGAACGGGCUCGCUCAUAAUUUAGGAGUGGAGCUGAUGGGUCUGUCCUGCCUCAAUGCAGAAUAUUCCAGGCUGCUUGACCACGGUUAUGUCCGCCCACCUCCCAACACACACGCGCACGUGAAGACAAAAACGUGGUAACUCUUUUGGUUCUGUACACCGUACAAAACGUGCUUUGGAGCAAGGAGUGCUGUUUCUUUAACACUUGUAGAGGACUAUCCUGAGAAGUGAACCUGGGCUUUCGGAGAGCUCAGCUGAGAAUUCUGUUGACAUUUUCUUUCCCUUGACAAGGCUUCAGGUCUGUCUCACUAUGGGGAGCUGGCUGUGAAAAUCAGUAAUAACUUGUCAAGAAGUGGUGAAAAGGGGGGAAAAGUGAGUCUAGGUAACUAAUGUCUUAUAAUGCAUAUAUAAGUAAAUAUUGCAGGCUUUAAGGUUGAAUUUUGUAAAAAGAAAGCUGUCGUCUAUAAUUUCCAUUUGUUAUAAUAAUGACCUUUAAUCUUGUUGUUUGGAACCAUAAAGCAUUUUUAUCAGGUACUUCUGUUCCAAGGGAUUUAUGUCUUAGACUAUAGCUGAAUUGAAUGUUUGCAAAACUCUGCUAUAGGAUAAGGUGGUCUUUAGUUUUGAACGUGUGAAAAGACUGCACACUCUUCAACCAGGAUUUGAGUUACUGCCCAGGGUCAUUGUCUCAAAGUAAUUCAAGGAGUGAUUUAACUUCAGCAUUUGAAAUGUAGCCUUUAUCUCCUGGGAUCCAUAAAAAAAUGUGAACAGGGAAAUGGUGGCUAAGCAGAGCCUGAAACAAUAACUUGGCAAAGAAAUGCGUUUAUCAGAUCGAGUCAAAACAUGGCAUCCCCUGUUACAUUCAAGAAAUGCUUUCUUCAUGUAAAUGUUUACACGGACGUAAUAAUAACGAUGGGGACAGUUAAAACCCCCUCCCUUCAAAAAAAGGAAAUCUACAUCAGUUGGGUUUGUUGUUGGUUCUUCAUUGGCUCAAGGCAGUUAACCGGCUCAUAAUAGCCUUGGGGGAGAUUAUUUAACCUCAUUCUAGCCAUUUUUCCAUCUCGAAGGCCAAGAAGGACUAUUAGAAGGGUUUUGGAUGGGUUUCGGAGGUGAGGGCCCAAGACCCCCAUAAUGACAUCAUUAGGUAUCCUUGAAAGGAACAGACCAGCAUGCUCGAUGUGUUGUACCCUUCAUUUAUUUAUUUUUUCUCAGUAUCCCAAGUUGUCCAUCAGUACAUUCCCCUUCACCUUACCUGAUGUUCACUUAAUGCCCAGUCUGUAACUAAUGUUCUGUUUAAAGCUCUCUUAAUUUGUUGGCUAUGAGUGAUUUGUGAAUCCGGGAUGUAACCCUGAGUGAGGAGAAAAGAGCAUUGAGCCAACAUAAAUCUUAACGGGCAGAAGCCACAAACAAAUGGGAGCAGAAAAGAAGGGCGAGCUCCCCGCACCGCACCCCUUGUAUAAUCCAGCGUUAAGUUAACCUCCGAGGAACACCUCGGCUCUCCCGACCGAGGACGGACAAAAGAGGGAUUCUUUUUACACCCAGGCUGGUGCGUUUUCAAGUGACAGUCUCUGGCUCUAGUUGCCCUUGAGAUAUCCACUCUGCUCUUUCUCCCAGGCCUCAGACCAAGAAAAACAUGCUCUCAAGAUUAGCCCAUAGGCAGUUCUUGUGACCUGGCUGAAGAAAGAAAGGAGACCUGUUUGUUUUAAAAGUCAGGCGCAAAGUGUCAGGUAGCUUUGAUUUACGACAGAAAGAGGAAGAAGAAAGUUGGAGUAAUAGCACUGUCCAAAUAACCCUGCCCAGGAAACUUGGGGGUCAAGAGAGCUUAUCAAGAGCCUUUUAUAGGUAAGCUCUUCCGUGUGAAAGAGAAAAGGCCGGAAAGAGGGAGAGAGCCCAGAGAGCCGGCUGUGAACUCACUUCCAAUGGGAUUGGAGUCUGUUGCAUUCCUAGAGAUAGCCUGAUAUAUGGUUUAUAGCUGAAUCAAUAAACACCACCAAAAAAAAAAAAAAAAAAAGAAAAAGGAAACCUGCCCUGUCGUGGAGUUUCUCUCUUUCCCUGCACAGUAAAGACUUUUGGGUUUUCGUGGAUAAAAUCAAUGUCAGUACUGAAACUCACCCUCCUCUCCUGCCGCACUCUCCCCCGUUGCCCAGGAUGGCCAAGUUCAGGCCUAUGCAGUGCCGCUUCCCUCUGAGCCUCCCUCUCGAGGGCCAUGCAGGCAGCCGCAGCAGGGCCAGCUGCAGGAUGGGGCUGCAGGUCACUGAACUGUCGUUCAAAUACAUCAUAUUUGUGGCCUCUUUCUCAUGCGAGCAAAGCCGUGUGCUCUCCUGUCUGCUGUCACAUCUGUGCCUGGACUGCGUAAAUACUGUUUGCGACGGGGAGGUUUUAAUCUGGUUAUGCAGAGGGAAGCAGGGCGGUGGGGGCACGUUUAAUUGGCUCCCAGCAGAGUGGUGAGCGCUUCUAUGGUGUGUGGGGCUUUUUGUUCCCUCCCUCUAGAAGUGUUACCGUUUUCACGUCCUCUUAAUGUCCUCUGGUUGUUAAAUUACAGCAGCACAUUAUAGUGCACUGGGUUCCCUCCUGGAGUGAAUAAAUGAAGGGCAUCUACUUGUGUUUUUAGAAGUUUUGGGAGAAUGUAGUGAUUUGUGGCUUUGAUCAAUCCUGUUGACUGGUGUAUGUCUGUGCAAACCUGUUUCAAAUAAAUUUUUUGUUAAAGGAA